AUGCGUAACGAACUAGCAUCGGAACUUGGGACUACUUUGCCUCUGCCGAUGGAGCUGCGGAGAUACGUAGCUCAAAGAUUGUCGCAAGAGUACGCUGUGGCCAAGAAAAGCGAAAAAUAUCUCAGCUCUUUGGCCAUUGCCACUGUACUUGAUGCUGCCUAUGUUAUGCCUAAAGUCAUCUAUAUAGGCGAAGACCACCUUGGGAUCAGGCAGGUGAUAUUAUCUGAUUCAUCGACUAGCCCUGAGAUCGACUGCAUCUCGGGUGUAUGGUGGAAAGCAAUAUUGGUGCAGGCUGACCAGAUUUUAAAGGGUGUCAAGAUUCGCCAAUUAACAUAUUUUGACGGCUCUGUCGACCAAUCUACUGCGCAUUUGCCUUCAUGUGUCGUUCCACAACACCCGGAGAUCCGCUACCGUACACGUCAGUUCUGCCAGGUUCCAAGCCGAGAGCCGCCCAGAUUAUCAGUAUUCCGAUAUAACAGUCCCAAUAUUACUGGAUUCUCUAUCUGCUGCGGCCCUGCUCCCAUCGCUCUCCAUGCUCACACAUCUGACGAGGAUUUAUCCUUCUACCAGCAUGUUUCCGAGUAUUCAACUUGGAUCUACAUGCCGCUUGAGAAGAAUGAGCGUAUUGUGCGCAUCUGGAUGCGGGCUCGCAACUGCCUAAAUAGAGAAGUCGCUCUGGUAUUUGAGACGGAUAAAGGGCACACCAAGUUGUUUGGAGCUCAAACAACGCCGAAUUUAUUGGCUUGUCGAUGGAUCCUUCUCGAUGCCCCCCAAGGACAGCCUGGCCACCUUUUCUUCGAUGACAACCCCGAUGGUAUUCGCUGGAUAUCUUUAGACUCCCAGCCGCCGAUAGGAACCUCACUUCUGCAUCUUCCAGUGGCCUCCUGCCCUCAUCCAUGCUUGCCAAACAACGACGGCUUUAUAUGGUCCUCCGCUUCUGUCCAGGACGUUGUGAAUAUGAGGGUCUGUCGCCGCAAUACGAGAGAUCGAACAGAAGUUAUGGGACUUUUGUUUUACUACUCUGAUGGCAAACAAGCAUCUGUCGGCCAAGUCCGGCUUGACAAACUUGAUGAACUCCAGACGAUAGACCAUUCGCAGUCGCUCUAUCUCGGAUUUGAAAGAUCUAAGAGAUGGGCUCCAUAUAUUUCAAAGGUCAGGACCUCAGUCUCUCAAUUAGACAACACCGUGAACAUGUGGUUUGAAGUUUCGUGGAGCGGUACACUUGAAUGGUGGCUAUCAUGGAGGCAAUGCCAGGUCUAUCAAGAUGGUCGUAAAAGCCUCCCUACCCGAUUUUGA